AUGACUGACACCAGCACGGCCGAGGAAUCAUCAAAAUACGACGAGGAGGACCGGAUCAGCGCCCUGCCGGACGUCAUCCUGCACCACGUCCUUGGCUUCCUGUGGGCCGAUGAGGCGGUGCACACCUGCCUGCUCGCCCGGCGCUGGCGCUACCUUUGGAAAUCCAUGCGUUGUAUCCUCGUCUAUGACAAGGGAUGGUGGAGGAAGAGCACUCAUGUUUUUCUUAACAAGUUCAUGGACUGUGUGCUGCUCCUCCGAGACCCCGGUUCGACUCUAGAUGAGGUUCACAUCGAGUAUGAUCAUUUGGAGGAUGAUCAUACAUGGAUAGACCUUUGGAUUGACAUCUGGAUCCGUCAUGCUUUGUCAUGCCAAGCUCAAGUGCUCACUGUGAGGCUCUCGUAUGAGGUGGAUUUCUGUUUGGAUGGUCCUCCGGUGGUCUCCCGACAUUUGAGAAGAUUGGAGCUUUCUGACGUGACGUUGAAAGGCAACUUCAUGAAUUUUUCAAGUUGUUCAUCGUUGGAAGAGCUAUAUAUAGAAGACUGCUACUUAGAGACUGGCAGGAUCUUGUCCCAGUCUUUAAAGCAUCUAACCAUCAAGGGGUGUUUUUCCAGAAAUGAUGGCCGGAUUCGUGUUACUGUUCCAAAUCUAGUUUCGCUGCAACUCCUAUCAUUUCGAGGUAGGACCCCAUUGUUCGAAAGCAUGCCAUCAUUAGAAACCGCAGUUGUCGAGCCGAACAACUACUUGGAGGAUUACUGUUGUAAAGGUGUUGCUUUGGAGUGUUGUGGUAUUUGUGCAGAUUGCUGUGGUAAUGAUGAUCACAAUGGUAAUUGUGUACUUCUUGGAGGUCUGUCUCAUGCUAAAAGCCUGGAGUUGACCGCUUAUCCGGGAAUGCUUAUCUUCAGAAGGGAUUUGAGAUGGUGCCCUACAUUUAGUAAGUUAAAGACUUUGUUGCUGAAUGAGUGGUGUGUGCAACCUGACCUCCGUGCACUAGUUUGUAUGCUUGAACAUUCACCGGUUCUCGAGAAUCUGACGCUCCAAUUGUGUGAGCAAGGAAAACCUACAGGUGCAGUGGAAGCGGAAGAAAACCAUAGUUUGAUGGAGAAACCAGCUGCUAUUUCAGGAUACCUGAAGAUUAUCAAAGUCAAAUGUGAAGAUAUUGAUGGUAGAGUUUGCAAAGUUUUGAAGUUCUUGAUUAUACUUGGCAUGGACAUUAUUAUCCAAAGGAUUGACGGAUAG